UUAAUUAGUCACAUAACAAAAAUUAUUUUGGGAGCUGAGAGCUUUUGUUUACUUCAUCCCAUUAAAGGAUUUAGAGGCCAUAUGGUCGGAAUUAUGGCUAGGAGACCUCUAAGUCACCGGAUUUUGACGUGUCACAGCCGGGAAAGUGAACUUUCCGGCGACCAUACGAUAAAUAUUUCAGAUACUGUGUUUAGUUUUCUUGAUGAAGAGGGUCAUCAAGGGUCAUCAUCACUAGAAAGUGUUGGUGAUGAUGUUAAUUAUUAUGUAGAAGAAGAUGAGAAUGAGGAGAAAGAAAAUAAUAAUAGUGAACAUGUUGAAGAUAGUCAAUUCUGGGAAACUCAACAUCAGCUUUUGCAAUCAGUAUUAUGCCGGACAACAACAUUAGAAUCGGAAAUCCGAAGAAUUACUAAAGAAACCUUAAAAGAAGUAUCAGAAAAUGGGUACCAUAAAUGUAAUUGCAGCUGGAAAAUGAUCAACAAUAUUAGUUGCCAAAAUUGUCUAAUGAAAGAUGUGUGCAGUCGACUACAAAAUGCUGGUUUCAACUCUGCAAUUUGCAAGUCCAAGUGGAGGAGCUCACCACAUAUCCCCUCAGGUGAUCAUACAUUCAUAGACGUGGUGGAUAAUUCGAGCCUUAAGAAAGGAGAAGUGAGGGUAAUUAUCGAAUUAAAUUUUCGAGCCGAGUUUGAAAUAGCAAAAGCAAGCGAAGAGUACAAACGACUGGUCAAAUGCCUGCCUGAAGUAUUUGUUGGGAAAAUAGAGAGAUUAUUAUCUUUAACAAAGAUUAUGUGCAAUGCUGCUAAGAAGUGCAUGAAGGAGAAGAAAAUGCAUAUGGCUCCAUGGAGAAAACAAAAAUACAUGCAAGCUAAGUGGCUUAAAACAGUCGAACGUAUGACUUCUAAAUCGCCAUUAUCGGCUGAUGAAUAUUAUUCAAAUCGAUUGCCACGGCGGCCCAAGGCAUCGAUGCUGCAUCGAUGCUUACUGUGGAUUUGCUGGAAAAUUUUCCAAAUUUACAUCGCACUGUUGUUGAAGUGGUGUGAACUAUAUGAAGGAAGACAUAGACGUUAGCGUUUAUCGAUUGUUGCUUGAACUGUUAGCUGCUGGAGACUGGAGUGUUCCAUUUUUGUAGUUUUGUUAUGGUGUGAUGUGAGCUGAGUUUGUAUAGAGAUUAAUAUUUUGUAAUAAAGUACUUGAAAAGUGGUUCAAAUUUUUUGGAA